AUGGUAUUUAACAGCUACAAACAAGAGAAAUUAUUAACUGGUAUAGAACCAGAAUACAUGGGAUCGAAUUCAACUGACUAUUCUAUAUUUCCACAAAAUUUGAACUUUUCAAAGCUGAUCUAUGAUAUACAAAAUGCAAUUCCAAUUCACAUGAACCCUAUCAAUAAUCCAGAAAUGUUUACACUUCGGGUUCCUAAAUCUGUCUGCAGAUCAUACAACAAUGAGUUCAUUCCAAAUCUGAUAGUAAUAAUUAAAUCGUCAGUGUAUAACUUCAAAAACCGUUACCGUGCAAGACGAACAUUUAUGCAGAAGCAAUUAUGGCCGAAUUUCAGUGUUCAGUUUGUAUUUGUCCUAGGAAUCCCCAUGGAAAACGAAUCAAAUUUCUUUAGAUUUGACGGAAAUACAUAUGUCUUGGAUACGAAGUGGUGGAGAUAUUCAAAACAUUAUGGAAGUUCCAAGUGGCCGUUUGUAAAACAGUUGUCAUUGGAGGCUGAUUUAUAUGAUGAUUUGUUGAUUGGAUCAUUUCAUGAUACAUAUUACAACUUAACAAAGAAGAUGAUAUUUUGUUUAAGAUGGCUCUCAGCAUUUUGUCCAAAACAAGUCCCUUUAUAUUUGUUCAUAGAUGAUGACUAUGAUUUAGUACCAAAGAAUGUAAUAACAUUUUAUAAUAAUAAUACUGAAGACUAUUUAAGAAAUAUGAAUGGAGGUUACAUCCGUUCAUCUCGAACUGUUUUCAGACCAAUGGUUAAUAAAACAAGUAGUGUCUGGGCAAUGACUGUAAAAGAAUUUCCAUGGAUAUCUUAUCCGCCGUACUAUCAUGGAUUGACUUAUAUUAUUGGUGCAAGCUUGGUGCAUCGCCUUGCUAUUGCAAGUGCUUUUGUUAAAGAAAUACGCAUUGACGAUGCCUAUUUAGGGAUCUUAUUUAAUAAAUUAAAUAUAACACUUGUUCAUUUGAACAUUAUUGGCCCUUCUUUAACUAAAAAAGAUAUUAUGUCAGGUGGAAUAAAUGUAUAUUAUAAAAUCAGUAAACGUACCAUGAACUGGAGCAGCGGUAUGCCAAAAUAAAUAAACACUUGCUCAUUUACUUAACAGAAAAGGUCUGCUCAUUUUAGAUGAUGAAUAUGAAGUAUAAACAAUUUGUCAUUUUGUCAUUCAUAAAUUCGUUCAAUGAUAACUGAUUUUUUAUUAUUGAUUAGCUCUUUUAUUGUCAGAAUGAGGGUUUGUGGAAAUUGUAAUUUAAUGGUUGAAUUCAUGAGUCGAUUUAAGCUAGACCACGCUGGAAAACAUGGAAACACUGGACGGCCGUUUCGUCCUGCACGCGGGAUCAUGGAUGCGUAUUGCUGAAGAGUCCCAUACUAGGACGAAACAGCCGUGCAGUACUUCCACGUUUUCCAGGGUGGUUUAAGUUAGAUCGACUCAUAAAUUCAACCGUUAGAUUCUUUUAUUGUCGAAAUAAAUGUAAAUUGCUUAAAAUUUAC